AUGAAGAAUCAUAGAAGUUCUAAUGCAGAUGUUUCUGCUUUGGCCCUCAUAAUGGUUGAUAUAGUAAAGGACAAGGCAACAAAAACUCUGAAUCACAUCAACGAUAUGCUUAAGGAAGAUUAUGAUGUCCCUGAAGCCACUGAAGCUUUAACUAAAGGUGCCUAUAUAUUUGCAGAAGAUAGCUUCAACGACGCUGCUAUUGUGGCUGAUAGUUCCGGAGAAAGUUUUUCAUCAGGCAGCUCUACUCUGACUGAUCUGAACAAGGAUAUGCAUGAUGUGUCUGCUGUUGCUAGAGCCAUUUUGAGGACACUGCUUUGA